AUGAGCGUUGCCGUUCAGCUGCCACCAAUCAACGACAUUCACACCAUGCCCGCAGCUUCCUCCAUCCCGAUGAAUUCGUCUGCUUCCUCAGCUUCGGCGUCCACGUCGGCAGAAGCCAUGAAAUCGCAGGCCGACUCGACGGACAGGGCGUCGGACCUCCCUCCGAUGCCUGUUCCUUACGAGGAUUUUCACUUUUCUCUCGACCUUCCCGCUGAGCUUGACCUCAGUGAUCUCCAAUUCCUCAGCUCGGUCGAUCGAAAGGGCGGGCCGUCCAAUCCCAUGACCCCAGGCCUCACAUCGCAUUUCAUGGGCACAACACCGCAGGCUUUGACUUUUGGUCACGACGACAUCCACAUGGCCAGCAGAUCCAACAGCCGCAGAGGAAGCCUCUCCAAGGGCAGCAGACCAGCUUCUCCAAGAGUUGGUUCCUCACGCUUCUCCGAAUCUGCCUUGAGACCACCUCCGCCUCCGGAUUUCGAGCCAUCGGGACCCAACAUGUUCGACAUGGACGCAUUCGCCAGCGGCACCCUGUCGCCUUUUGCCAUCGGAACACCAGGAACCGGUGACAAGUCUUCCCAAACCAAUCCGCUCUUCGACGCCAAGGAGAAGAAUCUGCUCGUCAACUUCUUGGAAGGCUUCGAGUGGGACUUUGAUCCUAGCCUUCCCGAGGGCAUGCCCAGCUUCUCGGCUGCAGCAGCAGAAAGGUCAGCAGCAGCUGCGGAUGCCAUCGGUUUGCCAGCGGACUUUGGCUCAGCAGCAGGAGCAAGCCGAGACCCGAUGCUCACCGAAGGUGCAGCUAUGUCGGCCGCAGCACGACGAUUGCAGAGCCGUACCAAGGGCGCCGCAGGCAUCACGUCUGCGUCGUCGGCAUCCACGUCGGGAUCGGCGACAGCCUCUUCGCAGAGCCCCCACGACACUUCUUCUUCUGCCACGUCACCGCAUGGCAGCGGUCGUGGUCAUCAGCAUCAAAGAUCGCUCAGCAGCAACAAGGCGCGCUCGUUCCACCACGAGGCAGAUCUCGUCAACACAGCUUUCGGCGGCGGCUUGUCGGAAUGGUCUUCCGGCGCCGCUUCAACACAGCACGCACCAGCGCAACAAGCAUAUCCACAACAUACUGUUCACGACUAUUCGGCGACGGGGAGCAAACGUCAUGCCGAUCACUUUGGUGGAGGUGACGCAGACGAGCAGACGCAGGCAGCACUGGCACUCGGAUCGCUCACCGGCAUGCACGCGGAAAUGUUCCGCAUGAGCGCGGGCCUCGAUAUGGUGGCGCAGAGCAACGACGCGAACAAAGCAAAGGCUGCACAACCGGCGCGGCCGGCGGCAAAGUCUGCCUCGACGGCGAAGAGCGCGUCUGGCAAGAAGCUCAAAACGGAGCACGAGGACGAGGAGGAUAGGUUCGGACAAGCGGAUAGCAGUGCAGCGAGUAAGAGGGAGUUGCUAACCGAGUCUGAAAAGCGUCAGAACCACAUACUCUCGGAGCAACGGCGCAGGAACUACAUUCGUGAAGGCUUCAAAGACCUCGUCGUCUUGCUCGACGACGGCCGCAACUUUGGAGCGCGAGCACUGGGUCUUUCUUCCGGAUUCGGUACCGGUGUGGAGGAUGAAGGUCUCGACGACCGAUCCGACAUCGAUGAUGUUGUCGAUGUGCUGACUGUGGGCAGGAAGAAGCCGCCCAAAAAGGCGAAAAAGGCGGGUCCGGAUGGAGUCCGUCAGCGUGGCAAGGGUAGGGGUCGUGGAGGCAGUGCCGGAGGAGGCGCUGGUUCCAAGAGUGCCGUUCUGUUCCAGGCGGUCGACCUGAUUCGAUGGUUGGAUGGGAAGAGCAAGGAGCUGACCCAACAGUGCGAGGCUCUCGAGCAGAUUGCGGGUAUUCCCGAUCCGGAGAGCAUCGUUGCGGCCAAUCGUCCUGCCAGUGCGAAGGCUGCCAAUUAG